AUGAACAAGCUGCAAGGCCAGCCCGACAGCUACGAUAAGAAAGCCAAGUACCGUUUUGGAAAGACGCUGGGAGCGGGCACAUAUGGGAUCGUUCGGGAGGCUGAAGUCGGUGGAGACAAGGUCGCAAUCAAGAUUAUCCUCAAAAAGAGUGUCAAGGGCAACGAGCAGAUGGUAUACGACGAGUUGCAGAUGCUGCAGACCCUCAGCCACCCUCACAUCGUUCGGUUCGUGGAUUGGUUUGAAUCAAGAGACAAAUUCUACAUUGUGACCCAACUAGCUACUGGCGGAGAGCUGUUUGAUCGCAUUUGUGACAAGGGCAAGUUUACGGAGAAGGACGCCUCGCAGACCAUUAGGCAGGUCCUUGAGGCGGUCGACUAUCUUCACGAACGAAACAUUGUCCACCGAGAUCUCAAGCCAGAAAACCUUCUGUACCUCACCAAAGAUCCAAACUCUCAGCUUGUUCUUGCCGACUUUGGCAUCGCCAAAACAUUGGAAGGCCCAGGCGCUGUCCUGACCUCAAUGGCGGGAUCUUUCGGCUACGCGGCCCCUGAAGUUAUGCUCAAGCAAGGUCAUGGCAAGGCUGUUGACAUGUGGUCACUGGGAGUGAUCACUUAUACUUUGCUUUGCGGCUAUUCACCUUUCCGUUCCGAGAACCUGGCAGAUCUCGUGGAUGAAUGCAAGAGCGGUCGAAUCAUCUUCCACGAGCGCUACUGGAAGGAUGUCAGCAAGGAUGCCAAAGAAUUCAUCUUAUCGCUAUUGCAGCCAGAACCCAAGCGACGGGCGACGAGUAAAGAAGCACUCAAACAUAUCUGGUUGACUGGUGAAACGGCUUCAGAUCAUGAUCUCUUGCCAGAAAUCAGAUCCUACUUGGCAAAGAUGAAGUUGAAGCGCGGUAUCGAGCUUGUCAAACUGGCCAACCGAAUCGACGCCCUCAAGAUGCAGGACGAAGAAGAACCCGGCUCGCCCGACGCAAACGAUAUACCUGCCAACGCACAAAAUGCUGCUGGGUUGGCGGUCAAGAAUCAAGCCAGGGGAGUUUCUCCUGGACGGGGUCUUGCCACGAAUGAAACAGGAGAGAGGAGACCACUGAGCAAUGCUGCAAAGAGUGCAAUCUUCCGAGAAGUGGUUCUGGCGAAAGUCAGAGAGAUGAAGGACAAGGAAAAGACGGAUAAGCUGGUUGCAGAUAUCACCAAGGAGCAUGAGAGGAGAAAGAGUUUCUCCGGUACAAGGUAG